ACUUAUAUGUACCAUUCUUGAGGGAUGCAAUCAGUGAAAGAAGUCUUGAUCAUACAAUUACAACAUCGUCAGUUCUAAGCAUUUAUAACAGUGAAAUAAUUAGUUCCCAGAUUAAGUUCGUAAUUAUUGAUUUUGAAUUUGUCAACAUCAAUAAGCACGACUUACUACUUGUAUCGGGGUCAAUGUGUCAUAGUUUGGACAAAUAUAGGCCAGUCAAGAUGCAAGGGAGACCGAUCAUACUAACAGGAGACAAUAAGUUGAGGAUGUUCAAUAAAAAGAAUCUGAACACCCUGAAACAGUAUUUAAAAGGAAUUUUCCGAAAGAAACCAGACGUGUUGAAACCUUUAUUGGGGCAAAUUGAUAUUAGUAUCAAUCACCAGGGGGCAACUAGUCUUGGUUCGGCGUUCAUUUCUAAAUACCUGUUUUCGGACAAUACUCAACCGAUUAUUGUCACCUGUAGUGGAACUAUGGAUGUAAAAAUAAUAAAAAAAUUAAGGAUACCAGGAAUAAAAAAUUUUUUAGAUAUAAGUACUUAUAGCGAUAACAAUGAUAAUAAUUUUAGUUUAAAAUUAAUAGAUGUAAGUAAUAAUAAAUUGUUACACUCAGUUAACAUAGGGCAUGUGCAAAAGAACGGGAGAAUGUUAAAUCUAAAGGAGACCCAUGAUAUGUUAUGCAAAAAAGGGCAUGAAGUAACAUAUUGCCAUGACCCUAUGACUGAUGUAACGUAUACUAAAUGUAUUUUUAAUUAUUUAAUAAAAAUAAUAAGCCCAAGUAAGUUAUUUAGGAUAUGCAAAAAAACGUAAUAAUAUAUAUAUAUAUAUAUAUAUAUAGUAAACAAAUAAAAUAAUAAUUAUAGUAAAUAAUAAUAAAAAAAAAUUAUUACAGAAAAAGUAAAAAAGAAGUAGGAACGGCAACAAUAAUACAUUAUCAAAGCCCUCCGGAGAUAUUUUAUGACGACACUGAUGAAGUUAGGGAAAAAUUGAUAAAAGAGGCAUAUGUAAAAAUUAAAUGGUUUGAGGAUUCAUAUCCAAGUGAUAUGAAUGCCGAAAGAGGAAGGUUGAAAGAGGAAUGGGAGGAUUACAUAAGCAAAAUGGAAGCUUGGGAGGGUUACAUAAGUAGAAUGGAAACAUUAGAACCCUACGAAUCAGAAGAGGAAUGGUAGAAUAUAAAUUUUAAAUAAGAAUAUAAAUUCUUAAUUAAUUCUCAAAAAUAAUGCAUAAAUACUAACCAAAUACUAA